UUCCACCUUUUUGCUUUAUGCUUAGCUAUUUUUUCUUAUUUUCUUUCAUUUCCACGUAUUUAUUUGCUUUUGUUUUUCUACUAAUUGAAUUUGUCGCCUUCGUCUUUGCAUGAAAGCCAUUGUACAUUCACUGUCCCUGGUCGCAGCCACGCUGGUGUUCUGGGCAUACGGACUCCACCUAUACCGGGCAGCAAACCAGCCGCUAGUUUCGCUCUCUGCCAGCGACUCUCUAACCUUUAGCAGCAAGGCUACCACUGAGCCCCCCACGGCGCUUACAAACAACAAGGAACAACAGAACGCAUCUCCGUUGGCGUCAAGCAACGACGGCAUUGUUACAUUCAUCCAUGCAUCGGACCUCCACAUCAGCAAGUACUUUGCCAAGGGAGGAUUGAUACACUUUCUGCACUUUCUCCACACAGCGGUCCCGCUGAUUUCGCCGCGGCUGGUGGCAGUGACAGGGGACCUGACGGACGGAAAGGACCGGCAGCGGCUGACGUCCUUGCAGCAGAUUGACGAAUGGCAGGCGUACCAGCGGACGCUGAAUGAAUCCCACGUGAAAACCCGCUUGGACGGCAACUUCUACCGCGACCAGCGCGGCAACCACGACUGCUUCAACGUAUUCUCGUUCAACUCGUCCGACAACUACUACAAGGAAUACUCGGCGGUGCAGGAGGACGGCUAUUUGCUGCAGAUUCGCGAGCCCUUUGGCACAUACUCGUUUGUGGCCAGCGACGGGUGUCCGAGACAUGGGUUCGCGCGGCCAAUGAAUUUCUUUGGCUACCUGGACGCCUACGGCAUGGAGCAGCUCGAGCGGCGCAUGGAGAAGGCCAGCGGGUCGAGCCACGUUUUCUUGCUCAACCACUACCCGGUGAGCACCAUGUUGUAUGGAAAGUAUCGCAAGUCAUUUGGCGAGCUCGUCAACGGCGUCAGCGUUUUCCUCUGUGGUCACCUGCAUUACUUGGCCGGCGGCAUUGGCGCGCAGCUGCAGGCGUACAAGGCACACGACGGAUAUUGGGAGCUGGAGAUCGGCGAUAUGAAGGAGCACGCGGUUUACCGCGUCUACGCCAUUGACAACGACCUGGUGGCCUUUGUUGAUGUUAUUUUACCGCUUGAGCAAAUCCCCAUGCCCAACCCGCAGCUUCUCGAUGCCCGUGUACAGGCGGCCAUCCCGCAUCCGCCCGUGGUGCUGGUGACUAACCCGAAAGACGCACGGUAUCUGCUGCCCAAGCAUGAGCCCCUGGGCAAGAUGCUGACCAGCACGCAUAUCCGGGUGCUCAUCUGGACCGACUCGCCCGUGGCCUCAGUGUCAGUCAAGAUCGACGGCCACGAGCACCCGCACAAGGCCGAGUACCGCGGCAAAGAGACUGGAACAGGCAACGAUGUGGUGAAGACGCCCCUAUGGGUUGUGCCCUGGGACGCGGCAAAGUACAACGACGGGAGUCUGCACGAGAUUCAAGUUACAGCCGUUGAUUCUGACGGCAAAACAACGACAGUGCGCUUGCCCUUCCAUUUCUCGCUCGAGCCCUUGUCCUUAGAGAACGACUCGCGCGGCGGGUGGAUCAUGCGGCAGAACUUUGCCGACAUCUUCCGCAUUUCGGGGCUUAUCAGCUACCUGCUCAUGGUGCUUUUCCUCUUGCUCAUUCCGCGUCUCGUCCAUUGCCAUCUAAAGGACCCGCACGCCUGGCUUUCGCGCCGCCGCCUGGAGCACCACAAGGACGACGCGCGCAUGCGUCAUAUCUGGGCGACAUUUACACGUGGCAAUAUUGUCAACCCCUUUGUUCUUGUCAAACUUCUCUUGGCACUGCUCUCCUCGCACACAAAGUUUUGUGUCUGGACGCAGUUCACCGCGCAGGUGUAUUUCGCCAGCAUCCCGUGGCUCUACUGGCCUGCGUACUUUUUUGCCAUGGCCCUGGCCACAAUGCCUCUGUUCACCGGCCAUCUUAUUCCGUCAGCUGGCCCUAAUGGAAUAGGCUCUGUCUACGUCUACGGUAUCUACAUUGCCGGCGAGUGGGCACCUCUGUUGGACUCUUGGUUGUACGCACUCACCAGCAUUGCCUCGCUGGCUCUGCUUUUGCUGUAUGUUCCCGUUGCGGUUUCCCCAUGGUCCAUAUUUUAUCCGACCCCCGUGGGUGCCCAGAAGCCGUGGUAUCGCAGUAUCUUGGUGCGUUUGGCGAUGGCCUCUUUUAUCACUCUUUAUCUGGGCGUCCCGACCAUCAUGACUGUGUAUACUUAUGGAUUUAUAUCCAUUGUAUUGGGCCCUGGUCGCGCUUGGCUGUUUAUUGCCGCCGCUGUUGCCCUGUAUACCCUCGACUGGAGCUUCACUGUGCCUUCUCCGAGGGACAGCUAUUCCCGCGUGCCUGUCGCCAGCAGCGAGGCUGCUGCUUCUGAUGAGCACGCAUCUAGACCAAAUGAGUAAUGAAUAAUGCAAUUCAACCUAAUAGAAUGCGACUAAUUAAUUAUACAAAAUACAAUGUCUUUUCUUUCUCAAUUUUUCUGUAAAAAUAAAUUUUACAAUUUUUUU